AUACACAUGUAAACAGUAUUACUCAUUAUUAGGGAUACCCUUUAACAAGCUAAGAAGUUUCUGCAAUUAUGUGUUGUUCAGAUACGUCAGAUUUUAUUCCACUAAUACAAAUUCAACAAUUACGCAUCGAUUCAACAAUGUGCCAACCAAGAUUAUUCCAAAGAUCAUUUAGUGAUACUGGGCAAGGGCCUCUCAUGCUUUCUCGUUCUGUACAAACUGACCUAACACCAGAAAGCACGUGUUUACAAGAUACUGACGACACGCAUGAACAUGAUACGACACAUGACAAAGAGAAUGAAAAAGGAUAUGAAAAAGUUUGCAGUGACCUGAAAGAACUCGACGAAAAAGUUCAACAACUGACUCUAGCACUAAACCUUUCGGGCCCAGCAAAAAUUCCAGAAAUUAUAAAUAGACUGAAAUCAUUCGCCAAAAUUAAAGAACAUUCAACGAAUUUAAGACUGACCAUAGAAAGACUAGAAACAAUGGCUGACAAAACAAUGUCUUCGGAUAUGGAACACGUUAUAAAUCAUCAGGAGUUUAUGGCAAUACGCUAUAGUACUGCUUUAAAGAAUAUUGCGACCGUCAGUAAAGUUCAAAAUGAAUCAAGCUUACAACAGAAUAAAGACAGCUACAAUGUACUUGGAGAUUUAUUGCGAGUACGCAUUUUUCCACAGUCUCAACCUCAAUUAUGUCCAUUCAGUUUAACAAACUAUUUUGAGAGCAUUUCAAGUGGUACGCCAGUAUCCCAUGGCGAGUCAAUGUCAAAUGAACUUCUUAGAGUGUCAUCGUGUAGCAAUUUCCCACGAGAAAUUGAUAUAAAUCUAAUUAAAAUGGCUAAGACUGGUUUUUACUACAUUGACGGAAAAAAAACAAAGUGCUUUUCGUGCGGAGUUACAUAUGACAAAUGGAAAUCGGGUGACGACCCUGUCGUCAUGCAUCGCAUGCUGUCACCAUCAUGCGCACUGCUAGCGGAACCAAGAUUCGCAUCGUCUGGAACUCAAGAAGAACGGACAACGGUUGUUUCGAAUAAUACUGAGUCUACUGUUGAUACAAGAACUGUUACAAGUCAAGGUUUGAAUCAGUCAGAAAAUGCAUCAUCAACAUCAGAACCUAGACUACAAGUAAGCUCAUCUUACAAUAGUACCAGCAACAAUGUACAGGAAAGACUGGGAAACCAAAUACGUUCACCAUCUAAUAGGGACAGAACUAGCUUUGCAACAGGGAACGCGAAUAGUCAAGAAACACAGACAUCCAUUGAAAACAAUAAUGCUACUGGUACAAGUUCAUGCCAGCAUAACACCGAAUUCGAAUCACUUGGAAUACACCUGGAAAAACCUAAGUAUCCUAACUAUGCAUGCUUGACUGUUCGGAUCAGUUCCUUUGAAGGUUGGCCAUCAUAUUUAGACCAAUCACCACGUCAGAUGGCUCUAGCUGGUUUUCUGUUUGCGGGAUACCAUGACUAUACCAGAUGCUUUUUCUGUGGGGGAGGACUGCGAAACUGGGAAGCAGGUGACGAUCCAUGGGUUGAACAUGCCAGAUGGUUUCCGAAAUGUACUUUCCUGAAACAAAACAAAGGAGAAAAUUUCAUCAACGCCGUUCAGAAAAGACAAGAAGAAAUAGACCGAGAAACCAAUGUAACAACUGAAAAUACCAAGACGACAGCACCAAGUGCUCAAACUUCCUCCUCUGCUGUUUAUACCAGUACUACUAGAACAACACACAAUGACAUAUUAAAAACAGUUGCUGCUAGAAGUGUCAUUGAAAUGGGAUAUACUGAUCAACAGGUUAUAAAUGCCUACCAGCAUCUAACGACUUCCGGAAAAGAUAUGAACAGCAUAUCAGCAACAGACGUAAUGCACAUUUUACUAGAUGAUGAUACUCAACAUCAACAACAAGGAGCAACAACAGACGUGACUCAACAUGGUAAUAACACGAACACGGCAGGUGACCAGAAAUCAGAUUGUACCAGUACUCAGUGCAAUGGCUUAGACAACACAGUAAUUGAACAGAAUUUACUCUUUGAUGAUACAGAAAAUUUGAUAGAAGAAAACAGACAAUUGAGGGACCAGCGACUCUGUAAAGUAUGUUUAGAUCUAGAGGCAUCCAUUGCCUUUCUGCCAUGCGGACAUAUUGUGUGUUGUAUUGACUGCGCUCCUGCCAUGAGAAAAUGUCCCGUAUGUAGGACGUAUGUCAAAGGAACUGUAAAAACUUAUCUAGCAUAAGUUAUAUUUCAGUGGAUCAACCAAUCAAAUGAUAACGAUGACUACCAAAUCAACCUGCAACGAGAAAAUGUACCAUAUGCAGGACUUACGUUAAAGGAACUGUAAAAACUUACCUCGCAUAAGUUCUAAUUUUGUGGAUCCGUAAAUGAUUCAUAUGACCCUCCAAUCAUGUGCCAAAAUCAAUCUCAAAAGUAAAAUUAAGUUACUAUUAUUGAAAUUUAUAUUUUGUAUGAGCUAUUUUAUUGUUCUUUUAAUUGUACAUAUUAUGUAUUUAUUAUAAUGUUGUACUUCUGUGUUUAAAGUUUUGAUGGUUUGAUGAAAAAUGGGAUGCUUUACAAUUUUUAUUAAUACAAUAUAAUAUAUUAAGAAUUGUAUUAUGUUUCAAAUACUAAAUUAAAUAUAAUUAUUUUCAAUGAUGCAGAUCUUAAAUAGUGUAAAUUGUUUGAUUGUAAAUUGGAGUCUUUGAUAGCUUCUGUUUAAUUACUUCAUACUUUUCAUAGAUUGGCCAUGGUAAUAAAGAACUUUGUAUUUUUUUAGCCACUUUUCGCCAACUCAUUUCCUGUCGAUUUCCUUCAUAUUUAAUUAUACAUAUUUUUCAAAAGCUUUUGAGAAUGUGAUAGGAAAAAUGCACUUAAGAGGUUUAACAUAAAAAAUAGCCUAAAAGAAAAAACAUUUCGAUAUAGAUUUAUAUUUAUGACGCAUUUACACUGCAAAAGUAGUCAGACGUAUAUAUCAAAUUUACAUCUUCAAAAUGAGGACGAGAUAAACACAUAUAAAAUAGAUUUUGGUCAUUCGGGAAGUAGCUUGAUUUUAAAAUGAUUAAUAAUGAAAUGAUUUCCUCAUAGGCUAUGACACUAUUUUUAUCAAUGCUAAUAUUUUGUGU